AUGAACCUAGCCUACCUAGCUUCAUACUCCACGAUCCAUGAUACAUUUUUGCGCUUGAUUACUAUCCAGCUAAUUUCCCUGUCAUCGCGCCAUACGGUACGGUACGAUGAGCUUGAUGACGACGACCACCAUCUGUUGCGAGCGGCGUACGAGACUCCUUCCUACGACCACGACGAGUAUCAGGAACAAGAUGACAUGUCAUUAGGCAAGCUGGACUUGCUAAAAGAUGGACUCUGGGCUAUCAAGGCUAAGAUAAAGGAAAUCAAAGCGUUUAACAAAGCAAUGGCUGCAAAUUUUCUAGCCACCAAGCUAAAGGUAAAAGAAUUACUGGCGAAUAGCAUCGCUUUAAAGAAGCAUCAUCAUCCGGAUAAGAAACCUUCGUAUAAUUAUCAGGCUCCAUCAUACCAGCCUCAGUACUCAGCACCUCAAUACCCAACGCCGGCUCCCCAGUAUUCCGCGCCUCAAUACUCCGCGCCUCAAUAUUCUGCGCCUCAAUAUUCUGCGCCUCAAUAUUCCACUCCUCAGUUUUCAGUCCCUCAGUACUCGGGGCCUCUGCAUGUGGAACAACAGUACACCGAGUCUCAUGCCCCACAGUACGCUGAGGUUCAAAACGCACCCGCGCAGCACCAACACGACCCCUACUACGGACAUUAA